UCUAAGUACUAGCUAACAUUAAUAUUUUUGCGAUAUACUUGUAGAAAGAGAAACUUGUGAUUCGUUAUUUGCAAUGGUUUUGUUCUCAUUUGCAUCAUAUUUGAAAAUACAUUAAAAAUCAGCAGUUUUGAUACAAACUUUACUAUGGAGUCUUCAUCGAUUGUUAGUUUCAACAAUGAUUCUACAUUCCAAUCGACGUUGAAAGCAGAAUAUAACAACGUAAGUGUCCACGAACUAGCCCUUCACGCGAUGAGAGAUCGAUGUUUGCUGUUACAACGCAGAAUUAAUACAUUGGAAACUGAUAACAUGAAGUUAAAACUGGAUAUCACAAAAUCUAAACAAGGAUCACAGUACAUUCCUUUACAAGAAGACGAGAGAUAUCAGCUGCAACAAAAGAUUGCGGAGCUUAAGAAGCAAAAGUCGCAGCUCAUGCAUCAUGUAUUUAUGGUAUCAUGUGAAAAUAAAACCUUAUGGAACAAAAUUGCCUGUAUAAAAGGUCCUGAAAAACUGCCUAGUGCUGAACAAGUAAAACACCCUUUAAUCAGGACGAAUACGUAUAUCCACAGCACUCCAAAAACGAGCUCAAACUACCAAGAAAAGUUUUCAGAGUCAAGCUUAGAAGAGAUCUCUUUAAAAGUCAUAAACAGUUACAUACAAGAGAAGUCACAGCUGGUAGAACAGUAUGAGCAAAUGAGCGAGUUACAGGAUGCAGACGAUGAGAUGUUGAAUGUAGAUUCUAUAGGAUUCACUUAUAUUGAGGAGCCAGGGACUGAUUCGUUAAAAGAAAUUCGAAACCAGACGGAAAAGCUGCAGCAGUUGAAGAAGGAAAUGGCUCAGCAGGAAAAAGACCUUAAAUUAGCUAUUUCGAAAGUAGAAAGUGUAUUGAAAUAUGGUUACAAAUGCCCAACAUGCAUCGCAAAUAGUACAAAAAUAACAACAUCAGAGCAUAAAGAAAUAGAGACGAGUGACAGUCUAGCCAACUGGGCUACACCUGUCGACUCCAGCACAUACAAUGACACUUUCAACGAUUUAAACACUUCAGCAUUCAAGAAGAACCAGGAGCAGGACUCAAAAGAGUCAGUCUCGCCUACGACAGACAGAAUUUGCCCUAUGUGUGGGGAAACAUUCCAAAAAGACAUUGCUUUCAACGAGUUUCAGGCUCAUGUUGAAUCCCAUUUUACUGGAGAUAUUGAGCCAGAUUCCAUUAUUGAUGACUUUGACAAUAUUCCUAAUUCAUUUGAUAAUGUUAUAUAAAUUUUAUUUACCUCAUUUUAGAUACCUAUGAAGCCUUUGCCAAGCAAUGUUUGAAGUAAUGUAUUUUAAGGUAAUUUUGAAAGGCUACAGUGGCAAGUAAAUGAUAAAUGUUUCUGAAAAGUAAUGAAUGACCUAGAUUGUGCUGUCUGCAAUACCUCAUUCUUUGUUGAGAUUGCGCCCACGAUUUUCUGUGGGAUGAUACUGAUUCUGAUAAUUACAUAUAAAAAUGAAUCAUGCUGUGCCCUUGAGGCCAAACUAUAUCCAUAAAAAAAGUUCAUAUAAUUUGGUUAAACAAAGGAGGAGUUACUUGCACAUUCAUUAGGCACCGGCCACAUCAGAGCGUCGCGUGUCUCGGGGCGCGUAACGGACGUCGGCGCUACGCCACCUGAGUGUAAUUCAAAAAGCGUCUCCUCAGUACAUUUUGUAUAGGAAGGACGUAAGGCGCGCCGCGCACGCCACCUGGGGCGCGUCUUACGUCCUUCCUUAGGGAGGUAGUAAGGAUUACAAUGCCAUCCAUAUGCUUUCACAUGGAUUAAGUACAAGUUUUUAAGUGACUUCACUAGAUGGCGCUAUAAUGCUAGAUUUUUUUCUUACGAUAUACUAAAUCACACACUUAGUCUCCUCUCACCUUAAUAUUAUACUCCGUAUCUACAUUAUUAUUUACUUGCUUCAAUGCCACUGAAUGAAAUUAAGUGCUUUAGUAUAAUUAUUUAUUGAAUAAAAUUCUACAAACUA